AUGCGAACUCGAUCGAGUCGGUCUACAGAAGACUUGGUCGAGCUAGACUUACAACAUCAGAGGUCACAGAGGGUACAAGAGGAACCUGAGGUGCUUGUUGCUGAUACAAUGGAUGUACCAGAGGGGAAUGGAAACCCUUUGGGCAAUGGACUCGGUCGAGCUAGGCAAACUCGACCGAUUGGUCAAGGAGAUGCUCCAAACCGCCACCAACAGAGACAAGGGAUUGUUCCACCACCAGUGCAGAACCACAACUUUGAGAUCAAGCUGGGAAUGAUCAACCUUGUCCAGAACAAGAUGUUCCAUGGAUUGCCAAGUGAAGACCCCAUUGACCACCUUGAUGAGUUUGAUAGGCUUUGUGAUUUGACAAAGAUCAAUGGUGUCUCUGAAGAUGCCAUCAAGCUGAGACUCUUUCCUAUGUCUCUAGCUGACAAAGCUCACCAAUGGGAGAAGAGCUUGCCCCAUGGCACAAUCACCACUUGGGAUGAAUGCAAGAAGGCCUUUCUUGCUAAGUUUUUCUCCACCGGUCGCACAGCCAAGCUUAGAGGAGAGAUAUCCAGCUUCAUCCAGCGAAACAAUGAGACAUUCGCAGAGGCUUGGGAGAGGUAUAGGGAGAUGCUAGACACAGCUAGCAAUGGGAACUUCCUCAACCAGGAUGUAGAUGAUGGCUGGCAACUUGUGGAGAACAUAGCUAACUCAAAUGGAAGCUAUGGAGAAGAGUAUGAUCGCACCAACCGGAGCUCGACCCACCACUCGAUCGAGUCAGACGAAAAGUUGAGAAAAGAUGUUAAGGCAUUGAAUGAGAAGUUGGAUAAGCUGAUCUUAGCUCAGUCCACAAUGAAGAAAGUCAACUUUGUGUCUGCUGAGAGAUGGAACCAGUCCAAGAAGGGGAGGAUACACAAUUUGCUGAGGUGUGCUACAUGA